ACUACAACAACAUCGGGAAGUUCUUGAACAGAAUUCUUGGUAUGGAGGUCCAUCAACAAAAUGCUCUCUUUCAGUAUUUCUCCGACACUUUGAACGCUGUCCUCUCUGAUGAUGCCAAGCAGCACUGGAUUGAUCAGUACAACUCCUCGGCUAACGUCUGCUCGCACGCGUACUGGCGAGGGAACUGUAAGAAAGUGUCGGUGGGGCUACAGUGUGAUAUCGGGCUGCGGUGCAGGACGUACUACGUCCUCUGUGGCUCCGUCCUCAGUGUGUGGACCAAAGUGGAGGGCGUACUGGCUUCAGUCAGCGGAGCCAACGUGAAGAUACAGAUUGUGCGUUUGAGAACAGAGGACGGGCAGAGAAUUGUUGGUAUGUUGUCAAACAAA